GCCACCAAUGCCUACGCUCCGGGCUGACCCAUCUCUGCUGCCGUCCGCCUGCCCCACCCAACAAGCCGGGGUCGGCUGCGGGCGGACUUCAGUCGGAUGUAGACCCGGGCGCUGAGGUGCCACGACCAGGCACUAUUCAGCUUCCACUUUGGCCAGCCACAGACACUUUGGGAUCCAAGACUCCGGUUGAAUUAUCUUAGCUGCCGUCCUGGAUCACUUCCUUACGACCCCGCCACAGCCCUGUUGCUCCAAAGUUGCAUUUGGGGCCAGCGGGGCGCGCCGGAACCCUGCUGUCCUUGGACCCUGCGCCGGCGGCAGCAAGCCUCACGGCAAAGACUGUGAGCGUUGGUCGUUGCGCAGACGCCGGGAGAGCAUGACUGACGACGCGACCAGGACCUUGGGGAAAGGGAGCAUCCCCCCAGGGCCGGUCCCUGAAGGCGUAAUCCGCCUCUACAGCAUGAGGUUCUGUCCCUACGCGCACAGGACGCGCCUGGUCCUCCGGGCCAAAGGCAUCAGACAUGAAGUUAUCAACAUUAACCUGAGAAACAAGCCUGAAUGGUACUUUACAAAACAUCCUUUUGGCCAAAUUCCUGUCCUGGAAAACAGCAAAUGUCAACUGAUCUAUGAAUCUGUCAUCGCUUGUGAGUACCUGGAUGACGCUUAUCCUGGAAGGAAGCUGUACCCAUAUGACCCUUAUGAGCGAGCUCGCCAAAAGAUGUUAUUGGAGCUAUUCUAUAAGGUCCCGCAUUUGACCAAGGAGUGUCUGGUAGCAUUGAGAUGCGGGAGAGACUGCGCUGAUCUGAAGCUGGCCCUGCGUCAGGAGUUCUGCAACCUGGAAGAGAUUCUUGGCUAUCAGAACACCGUCUUCUUUGGCGGAGACUGUAUAUCCAUGAUUGAUUACCUCUUUUGGCCCUGGUUUGAGCGGCUGGAUGUAUAUGGAAUAGCCGACUGUGUGAACCACACCCCCACGCUCCGGCUCUGGAUUGCAGCCAUGAAGCAGGAUCCCACAGUCUGUUCUCUUCUCACCGAUAAGAACACCUUCCUGGGCUUCUUGAAUCUCUAUUUUCAGAAUAACCCCGCUGCCUUUGAUUACGGGCUAAGUUGCUGAGCCUUGCAGUCCAUCCCUUCACCACCCAGAAUUCCCAAGCCUGUCGUGAUUCUGCACUUCUUUUGGUGGGGCAGUCAGUCUCUCUUCAUUUUCUUUAAGGUUCCAAAUAAACAUGGAGACAGAAUCA